CAUAUUUACCUUGCAAGAGAAACACAAAAAUUUAUUAAAAAAAAAUCUUUUUAUAAAUAAUAAAUUAUAUGAAAUUAAUUAUUUAAACUAAUAGAAUUUAAAAUAAAUAAUCCAAGUACUUAGAAUAAUUAAAAAAUUCAACAUUGUCAUUAAGGUGACUUAUUUAAAUAGAAUAACCAAAAUAACCCAAUGGGAUUGAUGACAACCAUUAUCGUCCGAUAAGAACUCGAAAAUAAGCAAUUUUUAUAUAAAAAUUGCUGAUUCACAACAAAAAUAACAAAAUAAAAUAUGGCUCUCCAAAUUAUAAGGCAGAGCUAUUUAGAAAUACCAACAGUUACCAGAUUUUAUAUUAGCGCCUGUGUCAUAACAACAUUAUCCGUGCAUCUAGAUCUAGUAUCACCACUUCAACUAUACUUUCAUCCCAUGCUGAUAGUUAAAAAGCUUCAGCUAUGGCGAUUUGCAACGACUUUCUUAUUCUUCGGGACCGUUAGUUUUGGCUUUCUCUUUAACAUGAUUUUCACUUAUCGCUACUGUCGAAUGCUGGAAGAAGGCUCCUUUCGGGGUCGCACUUCUGAUUUCGUUAUGAUGUUCAUUUUUGGUGGAUUGCUAAUGACGUUCUUUGGACUUUUUGUGAAUUUGUUGUUUCUGGGUCAAGCAUUCACAUUGAUGUUGGUUUAUGUGUGGUCUCGGCGGAAUCCUUUUGUACGAAUGAAUUUCUUUGGAUUACUCAACUUCCAAGCGCCAUACUUGCCAUGGGUAUUGCUUUGUUUUUCGAUGAUUUUGGGAAAUACAAUUUGGGUGGAUAUCAUUGGUAUGGGAGUGGGACACAUUUACUAUUUCCUGGAAGAUGUAUUUCCACAGCAACAGAAUGGAUAUAAAUUCCUGAAAACACCAAACUUCCUAAAAGUCAUGUUUAACGAACACAUAGAUCGAAACUAUCAACCAAUGCCUGAAGAUCGUCCUGGAGGCUUUGAUUGGGGCGAACAAAUUGGUGAAGGUAAUCGACUUGAGCGUGAUGAUAAUCAAGCAGCAGCUGCUGGUGCUCGUCCGCAUCAAGAUUAAAAAUGACGCCAAAUAUGUAAAAAAAAAAAAAAACAAAUAGAAUCCAACAAUCAAGAAUUAAAGACAACAUUUUCUGGCUUGGAG